GCUGCGCGCUCACUGGAAGGAGAGAGCGAGAGAGAGAUGGAGGCGGGGGAAGUUUCACCCAUCUCUGCGGGGACUGGAGCUCCCGUGCCCUGGACUGGCGGCGCAGUGCUGGCUAACAUUCAACCCUCCCCUUGUUCCACAAGCAGUUCCACACACGCAGCGACAGCUUUUGAAGACCCAACUACCAAUCCGCCGCCAUACGGCUACAACACCUCUUUUCACCCCGUAUUCCUCGUCAUCUGAAAGUCGAGGCUAAACGGACGAGUUUUAACGGCAAAAUCGUGUGAAAAUAAUGAAUGGAGAAAUGGAGUCCUCCACUAAAGACCAAGUCUGGGCUCAGGACGACUUGCUGAAACUGCUGGAUGCCAUGAAGGGGAAUCUUCCGGAAAAGGACCACGCCAAGUACAAGACCUCAGAGUCUCAUCUGAACUGGGAGAAAGUGGCUUUCAAUGACUACUCAGCGGAGAUGUGCAAGCAGAAAUGGCAGGAGGUUUCACGAGAGAUCCGUAAAUUUCGCACGCUAACCGAACUGAUCAUCGAUGCACAAGACUACAUAAAGAAUCCUUACAAAGGGAAGAAACUGAAGAAACAUCCGGAUUUCCCCAAAAAGCCCCUGACGCCAUAUUUCCGUUUUUUCAUGGAAAAGAGGGCAAAGUACGCUAAACUUCACCCAGAAAUGAGCAACCUGGACCUCACCAAGAUCCUCUCCAAAAAGUACAAGGAGCUCCCAGAGCGAAAGAAGGCAAAAUACGUGCAGGACUUUCAGAGAGACAAAGGGACUUUUGAAGUCAACAUGAUGAAGUUCAAGGAGGACCAUCCAGACCUGGUCGAGAAUAUGAGUAAGAAGGGAUCCAACAUACCAGAGAAACCCAAAACUCCCCAGCAGCUGUGGUACAACCACGAAAAGAAAGCCUUUCUCAAAACACACCCCGACGCGACGACCAAAGACAUCAAAGACAGCCUGGGCAAGCAAUGGACGCAGCUCUCCGACAAGAAGAGGAUGAAGUGGAUCCAGAAGUCACUGGAACAACACAAACAGUACGAGGAGAUCAUGCGGGAGUUCAUCCAGCAGCACCCAGAGUUAAAGCUGACUGAAACAGACAUCGUCAAAUCCACCCUGACCAAAGCAGAGCGCCAGCUCAAAGACAAGUUUGACGGCCGGCCAGACAAACCACCAUCGAAUGGUUACUCCAUGUUCUGUGCAGAGCUAAUGUCCAAUAUGAAAGAUGUUCCCAGUACAGAGCGCAUGGUCAUGUGUAGCAAAGAGUGGAAACUCCUCAAACAGAGCGAAAAAGACGGCUACCAAAGACGCUGCGAAGAGAAAAAGAAAGAGUUCGAGGUUGAAAUGAACCGUUACCUGGGCAGUAUCUCUGUGGAGGAGCAGCAGCGAAUUCUGGCUGAGGACAAGAUGGCGGGCUUUAAAAAGAUGAGCGGAGGCAUCUUUUUAGAGUCGGAGGGCGGCUCCAAAAAGAAGAGCUCGAAAUCAAAGAGCAGCGCGGAGAAGUCGAAACCACCCAUCUCGGCCAUGUUCAUCUUCUUGAAAGAGAAACGGCCAAAGUUGCAGCAGGAGAGGCCUGAGCUCUCCGACAGCGAGCUGACCCGACAGCUGGCCCGCAUGUGGCAGGAGCUCCCCGAGAAGAAGAAGGUGAAGUACAGGAACUUGGAGGCCGUGCUGAAGGAGGAGGCUGCAAUGCAGCAGGAGAAGAGCAAACUGCCAGAAAGACCCAAAACAGCUCAGGAAAUCUGGCAACAGAGCGUCAUAGGAGACUAUCUGGUCAAGUUUAAGAAUGAUAGACAGAAGGCUCAGAAAGCGAUGGAGGCCACGUGGAACACAAUGGAGAAGAAGGAGAAGAUAGUCUGGAUUAAGAAAGCGGCGGAGGACCAGAAGAGAUACGAUAGAGAUCUGAGUGAGAUGCGUUCCCCCGUGACCAUCGCCGCAGUCACCACGGGCAAAAAGGUCAAAUUCGACGGUGAACCCAAGAAGCCCCCGUCGAACGGCUAUCAGAAGUUCUCGCAGGAGAUGCUGUCCAACGGCGAGCUCAACCACCUCCCUAUGAAGGAGCGCAUGGCGGAGAUCGGCGGGCGCUGGCAGCGCCUCCCGCAGAAGGAGAAGGACCGAUACAAGAUGAUUGCCGAGGAGAAGCAGAAACAAUACAAAGUCCAGCUGGAGCAGUGGCUCGCGAGCUUGACGUCACAGGAGAGGGCGACCUAUAAAGAAUACAACACAAACAAAAGAAAGAAUGUGGCGAAACCGGGAGGCCCCAACGCGAAGAUGAAAGCCAAAGCCGCAAAGAAAUCGGAAUCGGAGGAUGAAGCUGAUGAUGACGACGAAGAUGAUGAAGAGGAGAAGGAGUCUGAGGAUGAGUCAUCCAGCGCAGACGACAGUGAGGAGGAAGAGGAUGAUGACGACGAUGACAAUGAGGAGGAUGACGAGGAAGAGGAGGCGGAGGACAAGGAGAACAAAUCGGAGAGCAGCAGCAGCGGUUCGAGUUCAGAGGACUCGUCCGACUCGGACACAGACUGAGCCAGAACGCGGGCCCGUAAAAGGAACCCGCCCUCCCCCCCCCGGCCACGCCCAGUAAACUGCGAGCAGUGCUGAACUGAGCCAUGAGUCAGGCGUUCCCAGGCAACGUGGGCCCGCCUCGCACUCCUCCAACCAGCAGAGGGAGCCGUCCCCACUGCACCCACCACGUCCACUCAUCAUCCGUCUCUUUCUCCCUCCCUCUUUUUCUCCCUUUUUUUUUUUUCGCCCACCCAUCCUCGUCUUUUUGCCGCCGCAGAUUCACGCUUGUGGCUAAUCGAGCUUUGUAUGUUUGAAAGAAAGGAGAGAAAGAUUACAGUGUGGAGGGUGUCGACCUUCUGACCCCCCCCCCCCCUUAAAACCUAUCACUCAAAACACUACA